AUGGCGAACUUCUUUAGGAAAACUGCCUCUACAGCCCCUCUUCCGGACACGGAGGAGGUAGAGAUGCUACGGCAAAAGGUUGGCACGCUGGAGGAGCUUGUGAAGCGGGCAGAGGAGGAGUUGCGGGAGGAGAAAGAAAAGCUGUCCACGCUGCAAAAUAAAACCGCUCAAUGGAAAGAAAAGGUCAAGGAGCUAAACGCCAAGGAUCGGGCAUGUAUCAAACAACUUGAAGAGGAACUGAAAGUUAUAAAGGCCAUGCACGGCGAUGCGCCUAUUCCCAUAACCGCGGAGAUACAGUCGCUGGUGGAGAAGGGUCUUGCAACGCUGCGAUACGAGCACGAAGGAGAGCUGGGAGCCAAGCAGCGGGAGCUGGAAAAGGCGCUUGCAACCGCAUCGGACCGCGCCUCAGAGCUCGAGAAGAGCCAACGCAAGCUGGAGGCCCUCCAAAAGCAGCACAUGGAGAUGCAACAGCGCUUCACAAGACAAAUGGAGUCCCUAAGCAAGCACCAUGAAAUGGAAAUAACUCAACUUAGUGAGCGUCUCAGCGAAGCGGACAGCAUUCAUGAACUCAAAAACCAUAUUAGUAAGCAGGAGGAUGAAAUAAAAGCGAUGGAAAGUCACUCUACCCAACAAGCAGUUCUUGCAGGCGAGUUGCAGAAGGAAAUAGCGGAACUCACGACGAAAAAUAACGAACUACAGGGAAAACUUAACGAGUCCUUGGAUAAAAUGUCCGUUAUGCAAGAGAAGCAGCGGAAUUGGAAAGAAAGUGUUAAAAACAUGAAGAUGCAGGAUAUGAACACCAUUCAGGAACUGCGAGAGGAACUCGAAAGGCAAAAGCGAGAAGCAUCCACGGAAAGCGGUCUUCAUCCGUCGCAUGAGGAAAAACUGCACCAGUGGAAGGAAAGGGUGAAGCAUGAAAAACUUAAAGAUAUGGAAACGAUUAAAGACCUCACAAACAAACUUAGCAAAUCUCAACAGCAGAUAGAUGAAGCACAAAAACUCAUUAACAAUGUAGCUAUUUUUCUUGAGGAAAUUCCACCAAAAGUCUCGCAUUCCAUUGAAUUUAUAAACAAAUACCGGUCACUCUUGAGCGAAAACUUCGUGGCAACAAAAAAAACGGCUUCCGCCAAUAGUUCUACAUCCACUCCGUUGACAGCUAGAAAAGACGAAAAGGCAGAUCAGGAUACAGUAAGGGCGUCACAAAACCUGCGUGCGCAGCUGGACGAGGCCUUGCAGCAGCGCGAGGAGGUGCGUCGCGAGCUGAAGCGAACCAGCGAGGAACUGGCCGCUCUCCGGGAGCAGAGCGGGGCGGACACCGUGAAUCUGCGUGCGCAGCUGGACGAGGCCUUGCAGCAGCGCGAGGAGGUGCAUCGCGAGCUGAAGCGAACCAGCGAGGAACUGGCCGCCCUCCGGGAGCAGAGCGGGGCGGACACCGUGAAUCUGCGUGCGCAGCUGGACGAGGCCUUGCAGCAGCGCGAGGAGGUGCAUCGCGAGCUGAAGCGAACCAGCGAGGAACUGGCCGCUCUCCGGGAGCAGAGCGGGGCGGACACCGUGAAUCUGCGUGCGCAGCUGGACGAGGCCUUGCAGCAGCGCGAGGAGGUGCAUCGCGAGCUGAAGCGAACCAGCGAGGAACUGGCCGCUCUCCGGGAGCAGAGCGGGGCGGACACCGUGAAUCUGCGUGCGCAGCUGGACGAGGCCUUGCAGCAGCGCGAGGAGGCACGGCAGUCGUUUAGAAAUAUUCAAAUUAGGUUGAAUGAAAUUGAAAGGGAAUGUGAGGUUGCUGUGAAAGAAAAGGAGAGCGGUAUUCGUUUGGUGGAGGAGAAGCUAGUGCUAUGGAAGGAGAAGGUAGUCGCGGCGAAGGCUAGGGAUGACGCAAGAAUUGGAAGUUUAGAAAUUACCGUUAGCUCACUUCGUGACAAUUUGAGUAAGCUUGUAAACUUUUUGGUGAACUUUUUGAAUGUUUUGGGCGAGACGGUGGCGUUUGAUGUGUAUGAGCACGGCGACGACGAUUUAGAUUUGUCUUUGUUGUUCUCAUGUGUGGAUAACUUUCAGCGGCGGCUGGAACAAACCAUGAAAGCAUUGGACGUGUCCGAAGCGACCAUGUCGCUCAUUGAACUGCUUGUGUCUCUUAACGGGAAGGUUUCCGAGGGACAGAAGGCGUUUGUUGAGAUUUCUGCCGAACUUCAACGCUGCCAGCACGAGUUGCAGGAGGCGAAUUCCCGCUUGUCGGAGGCGGAGACGAAGGCCGAUUCUUUACCGUCGCCGGAGCUUGUGGCUGAGUUGGAAGCGAAGAAUAGUCAACUGGAAGAAAAAUGUGAUCUUCUUCGCAAGGAGAUUAAACGACAGAGGGAGGCAUUUCAGCGAGAUCGGGCCCUUCAAGGCCUUUCUUCAACAUCAGCGACGCAGGAAGAUGGGGGCAUAAAUUUACGUUCUGCGGCUGGUGUUGUCUUUGAGAGGGACAUGCUGUCAUUAGCCAACCAACAGAGUCAACGUGACAAUGAAAUUCGUCGGCUACGUGUCCAACUUCAAAGCCUUGAGAAGGAGAAUGCGGAGAUGAAGCGCGAGUGUGAGCAUAAUAACAGUGUGGUGGCGAAGUAUACGAAGGAUAUUGAGGUUCUCAAGGCCAAGGAGCGAGUUCAGCAGAGCAUAGAGUACGUGCGAAAUGUAAUACUUCGUUUUCUAUGCUGCACGAAUGAAGAACUUCGGCUGCAGAUGCUUCCGGCGAUAUCGACGGUUUUGGAGUUUUCGUCGAAGGAAAAAUUGGAUGUCCAGAGAGCCAAUCCUUCGUGUCCUAGAUUCCAAUAG